CCGCCCCGACCCGCCCCUACGCGGUUGCUCGCGGCGGCCGCCGCCCUCCCCCGGCCCAAUGGCGCGGCUGCCGCGUCAGUGAUGUGAAACCUCGCUCAGGCUUGCCCGGCCCCCGGCCCGCAGCCCAUUACACCAUCCGCCGCGGCAUCCGCUGCAGCUGCUGUAGCCCGCGCGGACGGGGAGGGCGGGAGGCGGCUCGGCGUGGCGGGGCGGGGCGAACGGCGCGGCCGGAUUCAUUCCUGUGGGGCGCGGGGCAUGGAGGAGCUGUGCGGCUGCAGGCGGAGCAGGCGGGCCCGGGCGGCGGCGCGGACAACGGUUUCCAUUUAAGGGGGCGGCCCGAGCCCUAGCGGCCGGCGGCGGCGGAGAGGACCAGCCCCCGGGCAGUUUGGUGCUCUGGUGGUCAGAUGUCGGAAGGCAGUAAGGCGACAGACUCUCCGUGGUUUUAUAUCCGUUUGGGGUGCAGCGGUUGACGUUGAACUUUGGUUCCUGUCACUCUUGCCUGUGUCGUUAAGAGUUAAGCCAGAGCUUUGCUUUGAGGGAUAAAGAAAGCGCAGCCUUUCCACUGGACAUAAAUGGAUCUAAAGACAGCAGUGUUUAACGCAGCUCGGGAUGGCAAACUGCGGCUUCUCACCAAGUUGUUGGCCAGCAAAUCCAAAGAGGAGGUUUCCUCCUUGAUCUCGGAAAAAACAAAUGGAGCCACGCCACUCCUGAUGGCCGCCAGGUAUGGGCACCUUGACAUGGUGGAGUUCCUCCUCGAACAGUGCAGUGCCUCCAUAGAAGUGGGGGGCUCCGUCAAUUUUGAUGGCGAAACCAUCGAGGGGGCUCCCCCGCUGUGGGCCGCUUCUGCAGCGGGACAUCUGAAGGUGGUGCAGUCCCUGUUAAACCAUGGAGCGUCUGUCAACAACACAACUUUAACCAAUUCCACUCCUCUUCGAGCUGCCUGUUUCGAUGGCCAUCUGGAAAUCGUGAAGUACCUCGUGGAACACAAAGCCGACUUGGAGGUGUCCAACCGACACGGGCAUACAUGCUUGAUGAUUUCGUGCUACAAAGGACACAAAGAGAUUGCUCAGUAUUUGCUUGAAAAGGGGGCAGAUGUUAAUAGAAAAAGUGUGAAAGGUAAUACUGCAUUGCAUGAUUGCGCAGAGUCUGGGAGUUUGGACAUCAUGAAGAUGCUGCUUAUGUAUUGUGCCAAGAUGGAAAAGGAUGGUUAUGGAAUGACUCCCCUUCUUUCGGCCAGUGUCACCGGUCACACAAAUAUUGUGGAUUUUCUGACUCACCACGCACAGACCAGCAAGACAGAACGGAUCAAUGCUCUAGAGCUCCUGGGAGCUACGUUUGUGGACAAAAAGAGAGAUCUGCUUGGGGCCUUGAAAUACUGGAAAAAGGCCAUGAACAUGAGGUACAGCGAUAGGACUAAUAUCAUCAGCAAACCGGUACCGCAGACUCUGAUAAUGGCUUACGAUUAUGCCAAGGAGGUGAAUAGUGCGGAAGAGCUAGAAGGUCUUAUUGCCGACCCCGACGAGAUGAGAAUGCAGGCACUAUUGAUCAGAGAACGUAUUCUUGGUCCCUCUCAUCCCGAUACCUCUUAUUACAUUAGAUACAGAGGCGCUGUCUAUGCGGACUCUGGAAAUUUCAAACGAUGCAUCAACCUCUGGAAGUAUGCUUUGGAUAUGCAGCAGAACAACUUGGACCCUUUAAGCCCCAUGACCGCCAGCAGCUUGCUGUCUUUUGCGGAACUGUUCUCCUUUAUGCUCCAGGAUAGGGCUAAAGGCCUGCUGGGCACCACCGUUACGUUUGAUGAUCUUAUGGGCAUCCUGUGCAAAAGUGUCCUUGAAAUAGAGCGAGCUAUCAAGCAAACUCAGUGUCCAGCUGACCCGUUGCAGUUAAAUAAGGCUCUGUCCAUUAUUUUGCACUUGAUUUGCUUGCUAGAGAAAGUUCCUUGUACUCUAGAACAGGACCACUUCAAAAAGCAGACUAUCUACAGGUUUCUGAAGCUGCAUCCGAGGGGGAAGAAUAACUUCAGCCCCCUUCAUCUGGCUGUGGACAAGAACACGACCUGCGUAGGGCGAUACCCCGUGUGUAAAUUCCCGUCUCUGCAGGUCACGGCCAUACUGAUCGAGUGUGGCGCCGACGUGAACGUCAGAGACUCUGAUGACAACAGCCCCCUGCACAUCGCCGCUCUGAACAACCAUCCCGACAUCAUGAAUCUCCUUAUUAAAUCAGGUGCACACUUCGAUGCCACAAACUUGCACAAGCAGACUGCUAGUGACUUGCUGGACGAGAAAGAGAUCGCGAAAAAUUUGAUCCAGCCCAUCAAUCACACCACCCUGCAGUGUCUUGCUGCUCGCGUCAUAGUGAAUCAUAGAAUAUAUUACAAAGGGCAUAUCCCAGAAAAGCUAGAGACCUUUGUUUCACUUCACAGAUGAUAAUCUGCCUGUCUCGGCGCACUGUCGAAAGCAACGGAUCGCUGACAGUUGCCUCAUAAGUGAGCACUGUUGUGAGAACACCAGCAUUCACUUGGCUUGACACCUCGUGCUCUCAUUGGCUAAAGCAUUAGAAGCAUCAGCUUUCCAGGAUUGGUUUCCCAGUAUUUAAUAUAAAUACACCAUAUAAUAUAUUGUUUGUGAAUUAUUGAGAAAUGGAAUGUCCUACUCGAAUUUCUUAAAUUGUCUGCCAAAGGCUUACCUGUUCUGGUUCUGUUUGCUGUUGGGUGUUCGGGACAAAAUUCACUGUUCUUCAGUGGUGUCUUUAUACUUUACUGGUUUGUGAAUUUUAUACAAUUGAAGGUCUUUUUUUUUUUUUCUCCUGCUUCUUCCUUCUCUUGUCCAAGCUUCUUCACUCUUUCCACUUGAUUUUUUUUUUUCCUCCCCAUUUCUACUUACCAUCUUUUUCCCCCCUUACGGACCCAUGCUAGGUUGUACACCCUUUAUGGACCUGUUACCAUUUGCAAUUACCAUAAGUGCUUUAUCUUCUCUAUGCACCGGCUUAAACUUGACUGUUGUAUGUUAGCACAUUUUUCUAUGCAGCAGUUGGUCAACUUCAACUCAAAACCUGUUACAUUUGUUACAAAGUUCCUUUUUUUGAAAGUAGUGCUCUUUGUAGCAUGACAGUUUUUAGAGCUACAGGUCAGCUACCUGAGCUCAGGCUUUUCUGUUUGUUUUUGUGGGUUUUUUUUUUUUUCUUUUUUUUCCUUCUUCUUCUGAGGUUUCUCUCUCUAAUCCACUGAAAUUAUUGUGUGCUAAAUUUGGGAAACAAAUCUCUCCUAACUCAUUAACCCAGUUGGAAUUUAGGUCUGUUGUCUUAAUAUAUCUUGCAGUAAAAGGAAGACUCUUGACAAAGUGACCCACCUUUCAUGCCGCCAGCGUUGUCCUGCUCGGGCUGAUGAUGUGAUUAGGUGUAGAGAAUUCACAUCAAUUUAACCUCAGAGUGUAUCACGCAGCUUUAACGAGUCACAUUGAACUCUUCCGCGAUUGGACCGCAGAUCACUUUUAGUUACAAAAAAGAGCUACAGCAUGUCAGUGGCAUGGUGCUUGCCAAGCCCGAUCUAGGCAUCUAGGAUAAUUAAGGUAUUUUCGUAUGCAAUUUACUGCCAUAGUAUCCAAGGUCAGUACCAAUGUCCGUCCGUCCUUCCAGCUUCGGUAUACCUUUCCGAAUAACUUGCAUGGAUUACUUUGGUCUUGGUUAUUUGUCACCCUAGUUAAACACAAAAGGUUGCAGUGCUUCCCGUCCCCUUCCUGAAAGUUAGCUUGGCUCCGCUUUUCUUUCCCUACGGUUUUCUGUUUUGUCUUGUUUUUGGUUGGGUUCUGUCGGUUCCUUCCACACAGUUUCGCUAAUGCCACAGAAAGGGCUCUUUCAAGAAAAGAUUAAGGGAAAAGUACUAAAAAAGAUUCAGGUAGUUAUCCUUCAGCACUUUAUUGUUAUUCAGGAUAAAAUGUAUGAUGGCACAUUUGCCCUGCAAACGUCUUAAUGAAAUUGUUCUGAAUAAAAAGCUCCUUAUCUGUUUGAGGAAAAAACAGACUCAAGUGUACCUGUGAGUUGAAUGAGCUGGGUCCACUUGGGGUUUUGCUUGCAUUUUAUCCUGAGGGUUGAUGUCAUGGUCUUUACAGAGUCGUCACUGCAAAGAAUCGCCUUAGGUUUAUUUCAUCUUUAUUCAGUAAAACAAAAAACAAGAAAAAAAAAAAAACUUGUGAUGAAAAGUAGUAAAUAAAAAAGCAUUAGACUUACUUUCUGGGUAAGUAAUUGAGGUGUAAUUUUUUUUAAGGUAUCCUGUUUUGACUAGGUUCUGAAUUGCAUUUCACUGUCGAAAAGGGCAAAUGGGAUGUAACUGGUCAUGGUUGCUCUCCAGCCUUUUGAUGAAGAGCCUCAAAACCCGUAUUUACCGCGGGCAAAUUUGGUGAAAAGUUUGGACUGCCACAUAUAUUAACCAUUUGUGAUUUAGACACACAUUCUAGAAAUAGCAGACAUCAACAUUUUAAAAUCAUUUGCUUCUAACCCUCUGGUACGUAUGCAUGGGCAACCUUUUUUUUUUUUUUUUUUUUUAAGGGAAACUCUGUACGUGCAGUAAAUCAACACUAGUGGAUCCCAGUAAUUUUGGGGUAAAAGAUGAGCAGUGGAAUUUUCCAGUGAUUUGACGUUUCCCCUUCCUUUCUCGGGCGGGGAGAAGAGGGCUCACGUGCUCGUUGGUACUGCACACUUCACACUAUCCAACGGGUGAAACCGAAAUCGUGCGGCUCUAGUGGAACUCAGGAUUUCUUCACGUAGCAUUUUUCCACCGCUAAAGAUGGAUCACUUCAAAGUGUUCUUCAGUCUCGAGAACUGGAAUGCCUUAUUUCAGUUAGGAUAUGACUCUCCUGUUUGCCAUCUCCCCAGAUGCUGUUAGGAGCUCUUGACAAAUCGAGUGGUUUGAUAGCUCAGAGUUGUCCACAGUUUCAUUCUGGAGGAGGUUGGUUAAUAAAAGGUGACCUCAGACAUUGUUAAGGCCUUUGUCAGAAAGUAUUCUCACAAUUGUUGACUGAAGUAAAAAAGAUAUGUCCGUUUGUUACUUUUUUUUAACCACAAGUGAGUAAUACUUAAUGAGCUACUUGUACUGGUGUGAGUGGAACUAAACCACACUGUAGCGAGUGAUGUUGGCUGGAGUUUCUAAGUUCUGAUUCCCUUUCUGUAAAAAUGCCUCGUGAGGCCUGCUGAAUUUUAGAUGCUCCACUCGUGAUCAUUCCUGGAAAAGAAAUGGUCGUUUUGCUCAGAUGAGAUACCAGUCUACUUUAUAAAGACAAGUGGAUUCUAGAUUUUUUUAAAAAGAGUCAUUUUCUUACCUGUAAACCGACAGGGGCAUAAAACCCAAAUCAGCAAAAAAUAAACCUGGUGCCCAUUCUGACUCUGAAGUUACGUGCUCACUUGUAAAGUGACUACCUUACUGUAUAAUAUUUUAGAGACCCCCUAUCUACUGUGACUUGGGAAAAUUCUUUAAAUUAUAUAUGAAAAGGUCGCUCUUCAAAAUCCUGUCACCCAGCUAAAACCUUAGGUUGACUUUUAGAGGAAAAACGAUCCUUGUAGUUAUCAGAAUUGUGGGGGCCAGAUGAGAUUAUAACCAUCUUCUUGGACACUGCGACAGCAGCAUUAUUGCUUGGAACUUUAACCAUUUUAGAGUUAGAUCCUAAAGAAACUAAUUGGUCCUCAUCCUUUUUUUCAUUUUUCUUUUUCUUUUUUCCACCUUCAUAUAUCACUAAACAACUAGUUUCUCCCUUUUGUCACUUCCCAUUGUGUAUUUUUCAGAAGUACUGUAUUCAGAUGCCAGCCAAUAAAUUGUCACAUAAUGGAAAAUGAUACGCCAACAUUCAUUGUAAGGUCUAAUAAAAUUAAAUUUGCACCAAA